AUGGCCAAUGCUUUGCAAAUCCAGAUUUGUGACCUCGAUGCGUACCAGCACGUAGCCACGCCGUUGGAUCAGCUCUAUGGGCUUGUUUCCAAGGUUCCGUUUGUCCGCAUAUACGGAGCCCUCAAGGUCGAGGCAGCCUCCAAUCUCGCCUACAACGUUCUAGUCCAUGUCCACAAUUACUAUCCUUACUUUUACAUCGACUGUCCGCCACGGCAGCUAGACGAGGCUUACUUGAGCAGGCUCAAGAACCAUUUUGAUAUCAAGAUUCACGAGUCUUUCCAGAGAAAACCCCGAGAUGGAAGACAAACCUCCCUGAACUUUGUGGCUGCAGUGGAGUACUGUCGGGGUGCACCUGUCUACGGCUACCACCUUGGUUACAAGCAGGUGCUCAAGGUGCUGCUUCUUCUGCCUCUUUACAAGACGAGACUUGUGAAGCUUAUCACGUCGCACAAGGUCGAUGUGUGGAACUACGACGGCAACCUCAAAAAAUCCCACGGCGCACCAAAUCUCUAUGAAGCUCACAUCCCUUUCACAUCGCAGUUUCUCGCCGACUUCAACUUGUAUGGUUGCGGGUUUCUCAACGUAGAGAAGUGUCACUUCCGUCUGCCUUUAGUCACACCCUCCCAGUACGACCUACUGCCUUUGAAAGACCAUCUUCGGCAUUCGAUCAACAAGGGCAAUGUCUUGAGUGGCGCCCGCUACCCCCGUAUUGGUCGGUCUCUUCUCGAGCUUGACAUCUCGGCGGGUGACGUCCUCAAUAGGGCCAAUCUUGUGGAGAGGACGAACCACAACGAUCUCUCCGAAUUCAACAAGACAAUGCCCAGUGAACAUAUCUAUUUAUCCUCUUUGAAAUUUACAUUCGAAGAUCUCAAGUAUCAAUGCACCCUUCGGAACAUGAACGAUACUUCCCAAUUGCUCCACAAGCUGUACUCGCAAGUUUUCACUAAGAUUGGCCAGGAUGGCUACCAGGAAUGGGAAACUUCUGCUCGAUAUCGAGAACUCGUGGCGUAUGUCGCAAGACUCAACGCUGCCACGAAAUUUAAUGACGCUAACGACUAUUAUGACCAUCUAAUCAAACCUACAUUACCUAAAAACGUACCGACUUGCUUUGAAAGCGUGGAUCGUGAUGCCCGAAGGGACCGCUUUCAAAAUCUUUCUUUACUCAACUAUCGUGAUGACUUGGUUCAGUGGUCUUCAUAUGAUGAUUUGUUCACCAUAGACGAAGCAGCAACUGCUACAACCUUUUCCGACUCCAAUACCGCAGACCCUCCAGCGAGUAAGCAGAAUAGUUCUGAAGUCGAUGGAUCCCCUUCUCCAUCUCAAAAUCCUCGUCCAUUAGACAUAGCGCUAUCCUCUCCUGACUUGCUGCUGCCAAAUUCUAGUCAAUUUGAAACACACCCUACUUUUGACCCACAAUCCAUUAACAGACAAGCAGACCCGAACGUUGACUCUGUAAGAGCCAUAAUCUACCAUUUUGAUGACGCCAAUGCCAUGUAUCGCGAAGACCCACGGACUACGGCUAUCUUCAUAUGUCUCGAAGGUCUUGACUACUACAUUUUCCUGAAGUUAUUUGCGGCGGUAGCAGAAUCUUUAAAAAUUGCAAUUGAAAUUUUUACAUCUGAAAAAGAGAUGAUAAACACAUUUCUAGACGUCUUCGAUGUCUUUGAUCCUGACAUCCUUUCAGGAUAUGAGAUCAAUGCCUCAAGCUGGGGCUAUUUAGCAGAGCGAGUUUUCGUAAACUACGAAACGAAUCUUCUAGCUCGUCUCAGCAGAUCUACUUUCAAAAGCAAUGGAAAAUUUGGUGAUCGCUGGGGUUACACACAUACAUCUGCACUUAAAAUCAAUGGUCGUCAUUUACUCAAUAUCUGGAGAGUCCUACGUUCGGAGUUGAGUUUGACUGGCUACACUCUUGAAAAUGUAUGUUUCCAUUUACUUCAUCAGACCCUCCCACGAGUUAGGAAUCUGGAUCUCAGUCAAUGGUUCACUAGCGGCAACUUCAAUAAUACAUUUAUGUUUUGCAAAUACUAUGUGCAUCGUCUUGGAUUGACGUUGAAGAUCAUGAACGUCCAGGAGAUGAUUUUGCGAAAUGUGGAGCAGUCGAGAUUGAUAGGCAUUGAUUUCAACUCCAAUUUCUAUCGUGGCUCUCAAUUCAAGGUUGAGUCGAUUUUGUUGCGAAUUGCCAAAGAAGAGAAUAUGCUUCUUAAUUCUCCUUCCAAAGAACAAGUACAUGACAUGCGUGCCUUGGAUUCCAUCCCCUUGAUCAUGGAGCCUGAUUCUAACUUUUACAAAUCUCCGUUGGUUGUCCUAGAUUUCCAAUCGUUAUAUCCAUCGAUAAUGAUUGCGUAUAACUAUUGCUAUUCAACAUUAUUGGGCCCGAUAGAGGGCUUCCAACAGGGUAAAAAUGUGGUGGGAUAUCUUCCACACCUCAACAUUCCGCACGGCAUCGUCGACAUCUUACUCAAGAAUGGAGGUAUUAACGUAUCUCCGAAUGGAAUGAUGUUUGUCUCUGCCAAGUUCAGAAAAUCAAUUCUUUCUCGGAUGCUACAAGAAAUGCUCAACAUGAGAAUUAAUGUGAGGGCGGUGGCGGGUGCAUUUCGUGAGGAUGUAGAGCUCGCAAAGCUUUACAACCUGAAGCAAAUCGCAUUGAAAUUAAUUGCCAAUGUUACAUAUGGAUACACAUCGGCCAGCUUCAGUGGUCGAAUGCCGAACUCUGAUAUUGCGGAUGCCAUCGUGUCAACUGGCCGAGAAAUCCUCACCAAGUCCAUUGCAAUGAUAGAGGAUAGCGGGUGUGAUGCUAAAGUUGUAUACGGAGAUACCGACUCAUUGUUUGUCUACUUCCCCGGCAGGUCUAAGGAAAAGGCGUUUGAGUUGGGAAAGCAGCUUGCAAGAGAUGUGACUGACUUUUUUCCGGAUCCCAUCAAACUAAAAUUCGAGAAGGUGUAUCAUCCCUGUGUUUUACUCGCUAAAAAACGUUAUGUGGGUCUGUGCUUUGAGUUCGAAGAUCAAACUCUACCUAAAUUUGAAGCAAAGGGAAUCGAGACAAUCCGAAGAGAUGGUAUUCCAGCGCAGCUGAAAAUGGUUGGCAAGACGUUGCGAAUCCUUUUUGAGACAAAAGAUCUCUCGAAGGUGAAACUGUAUACCGUUGAACAAUUCCAAAAGAUUUUUUUCAACAAGGUGAACGUCAAAGACUUCUGUUUCGCCAAAGAGGUGCGAUACGGUUCUUACAAGAAUGAGAAGUAUCUACCGCCUGGAGCGAUCAUUGCAAAGAAAAAUACUUUGAAAGACCCCAGGAAUGAGCCGCAAUAUCGUGAGCGUAUUCCGUAUCUUGUUAUACGUGACUCCAGAAAGGAAAGGAUCAAGGAUCGAUGCGUCACUCCUGAAGAAUACGUUUCGUCCUAUAGUACAGAUAAUCCGUUAGAGCUUGAUUUCGAAUAUUACAUUACGAGAGUGUUGAUCCCACCAUUGGAAAGAAUCUUCAACUUAAUUGGUGUCAACAUCCAAGAAUGGUAUAGAGAGAUGCCAAAGUCGACAAGACAACUUGCUAUCAAGAAGAGAGACAUCACUAAGAUAAGCGAAUUUGUACAAUCUGAGCAGUGCUACUUAUGUGAAGGCAACCUAAGAGAUUCUCCCUCGAGGUACCUCUGCCAAAACUGCCUUGGCGCUGAGCUUGGUCUUAUAACUGAUGUUAUUUCGAUGGUCAAACAGAAAGAAUCUCAGGUCAUAGAUUAUGAGAGCAUUUGCUAG